CCCUCCUCACUAAUAUCUCACCACUAUAUUCAUCUCUUUUCGAUCUCCCACUUUCAAAGAUCAUAUCAGAGCAGAGACCAACAAUGGCAGCAACACUGUGUGCAGCAUCAACUGUUGUUGGCUUGGCCACCUCCUCUCUUCCGACCCUUUCUUCUCCAAACAAACUCUUUCUCACCUCAGACUUCUUGAAACCAGCAGUAGCAGCAAGGAACCCUCUAAAGCUACCAAGAGCCUGCAUGGGCAAAUUUACAUGCUUUGAGAGAGACUGGCUGAGGAGGGACCUGAAUGUGAUAGGGUUUGGGCUGAUAGGAUGGAUUGCACCAUCCAGCGUUCCACUCAUCAAUGGCAAGAGCUUGACUGGACUCUUCUUUGAGAGCAUUGGCACUGAGCUUUCUCACUGGCCCACUGGCCCUGCCCUCACUUCUCAAUUCUGGCUGUGGCUGGUUUGCUGGCAUUUGGGGUUGUUCCUGUGUCUCACUUUUGGACAGAUUGGCUUCAAGGGAAGGACUGAGGAUUACUUUUAACGUUAUAUAUAUUGCUCUUACUAUUGUUGUUAUACCUUAAUAACACUGUCUGCUAUGUGGUUUUGUGUACAAAAAUUCUCUGUUUAAUUUCCUAACUCUGCUUGUUGUUGUUGUUGU